AAAUUACAUUUAUUGGAAGGGCAGCACAGGACGGAGGAGUUCCAGAAGGUGAACAUGCUGAUGAAGGUGCCUGCACUGAGGGAUGGUUCUUUCACCUUAUCAGAGAGCAUUGCAAUCCUCCUGUACAUGGUCCGGAAAUUCAAGACUCCUGAUCACUGGUACCCAUCCGACCUGCAGAAAAGGGCUAGGGUUGAUGAGUACCUGUCAUGGCAGCACAUCAACAUCCGUGGGAAGGGGAGCAAGGUGUUCUUAACAAAGGUGCUGCUGCCUCUCCUCACAGGCAAGCCACUUCCUCCAGAGAAACUGGAAGGUGUCAUUGAAGAGCUGAAUGUUGUCCUGAAGCAGUUUGAGGAGAAGUUCUUGCAGGACAAGCCCUUCAUCGCAGGCAGUGAGAUCUCCCUGGCGGACCUCAUAGCACUGGUGGAGCUCAUGCAGCCUGUAGGUGCUGGCUACGACCUCUUUGAGGAGAGGCCAAAGCUAUCAGCGUGGCGUAGGCGGGUGGAAGAGGCAGUGGGGAAGCAGCUCUUCCAGGAAGCACAUGAAGGGAUCUUGAAUGCCAAGAACUUGACCGCUGAUAAGUUUGCACCUGAACUGCUGGAGCAUUUCAAGCACCAGUUCUUAAAGCAGGACAGCCUGAAUUAG